AACACCAGUUUAGUAAUCCCAGCGUGGUUUCCCAGAGUUCGCCCACAAGGGGAGGAGCGAUGGGGGAGCGGGGCGCCCUCGCCAUUGGUGGAAUCUGCAAAGCUGCAAACAAACCGAAACGCGGCGAUCGGGGCUAGAAGCGAAGCAACCGCAACACCAGCCGGCUCCGCAAGACUAGCUGUUUCCUUGCAGCAAUGGGGGCCGUUUGGAGCAGUGAAGGCCGGGAGGUGGUGAGCAAUCCAAAUGCCCGUGGACAUCAAGAGGGGACCCAGUUCUCUCGACCUUUGGGGAGAGCUAGGGAGGAGGAGGCACAGAAGCAGAUCCCUUCUUUCGAUUGCUCCAUUUGUUUGGAGGUGCUGCACCAGCCUGUUAGGACACGAUGCGGCCACGUAUUUUGCCAUUCCUGUAUUGCCACAAGUUUAAGGAAUAAUACAUGGACAUGUCCUUAUUGCCGAGCCCAUCUUCAUUCUGAAGGAAUUCCAGCAACGGAUGUUACUAAGAUGAUGGCAAAUAUAUAUCAAAACUGUACAGAAUGUGAUACAGAGGUGUGUCUCAGUGAAAUGAGAGCCCACCUCAGGACCUGUGUCCACUAUAUAGAGAAAUAUGGACCUUUACAAGAAGUUCAACACCCCAUAACAAGAUAUCCGUGUCCUUUCUGCGAGAACGAACUGGAUGAAAAUGAUCUCCUGGACCAUUAUCUCACUUAUCACAGAUCUGAAAGUAGAGCAGUGUACUGCCCAGUUUGUCGUUUACUACCAGAUGGUGACCAAAGUUAUUACAGCAGUAAUUUUAUAAGGCACCUUGAGCUCAGACACACAUUUUAUUAUGAAGACUAUAUUGAUAUAAAUAUAGUGGAAGAAGCCCUCAUUGGUAGAGUUCUAAACCAGACCUUUUCAGAGUAUGUACAUGUGAAUAAUCCAAAUACUGCAUCAUCUGAAUGAAACGAUGGGAAGACAUGCCAAAUGGAUUACACUGUGAAUUAGAAUCCUGGUUGUUCAAUACUACUGUCCUUUAGAAAUAUCCUUCAGUUUCCGAAUUAACAAAUUAGAUUUAGACAUGGCAUAAUUGUUUUUGGUUUUUUUAUUCAUAAACAAGGUAGAGAUUAUAUUGUUAGGAUCUUGACAGGCGGAAGGUCCUUCUCACAGUGAUGAACUGCUAAGAAGUAGCUUUAGCAUACUUCCAGAGUGAAAACAAAUGACACAACUUCUCCACAUCAACUAUUGAAAUAUCACUGCAUGAAAACUACCCAGGUGCAUCCAGCCAUGAAUUCAUUCAUUUCACUUGUGGAUAACAUUUGUCAUUAACACUCUUUAGAGUAUCUUAGCUGGGAUGUCAGUAUUCUCACGUGAUGUCUAAGCAAAGGCUAAAAUGAACAAGCUGUCUGUGAAGAUUGGUUACCACAGUCACUAAUGACAAUAAUGAUCCAUCAAUUCCAUAAAAAGUCAGUUAAUAAUGUUGUAUAGUAUGUAUUUAUAGAGUUCUGUUGCUGCUACAGUUUAGUUACACAUUUAAUAUGUAUAUUUUGACAUUUGAUGCUGUUCUGGUGAUUUAUGAUGCAAAUUAUAGUUUACAAAUAUCCUCUGCUGUAAUUAUGAAACUAACCCAUUCCCAGUUUUUCCACAGUGAAGAAGGUUUAGAUUAUUUUUCAAGUAGCUGGAACUUUACCCAUCAAAAAGAUGUGCCCUCAAAGAAUGUUCAAGGUAACAAUCAAAAUUGGAAGUAAUUUUGCCUUGCAUUGAUAAAUGUUAUUUUGAGAGAAAUUCCCUGAAGCCAUUCAGAAAAAUGAGUCUAGCAGGUUUAUUUUGUAGCAACGCUCUACAUUUAAAUUUACAACCAUGACCAAAGCUCAAAGCAUUCUGUGACCACAUUUUUCAAGAACAAGGAAGAGUCUUCAUAAUCAUGAAAAUGUUGCAAUACCAAAGUCAGACCACGCAACACAUGUCACUGACCAGAAUGGGGAGAGGACACAACUGAAUAUUUGUAUAGUCCUGGUGAAUUCAGUAAAAUAAUGUAUGGUUUCAUAUUUUAUGUUGGUGGUAUUUGGAAGACCUGGUCUACAUUGUCAGUAAGGAAAAACUAUGAUUAAAGCAGUUAAAAUAAUACCCAGAUCACCCAGAGCUAGCAUGAGAUUUACCUUGUUCUAGGCUGUAAAAUGUCACUUAGAACAUUUCUUCCAUCCUUUUUCUUGAAAAAGGGCAGGAGCAUACGUUGUUCUCCUUUCCACAUCUGGUCCUUACAACCCUGUUUGGUAGAUGAGGCUGAGAGAGAAUAACUGGCCUAAGGUCACCCAAAGAGCUUCAUGGAUGCGUUGAGGUUUGAAUCUAGGUCUGUCAGAUCCAGGUCUAUCAGUAAUCACAAUCCUACAUAAUUGUAGGGCAGUUGGCUAAUGUGACAUGUUAUUUUACACUGUUUUUCAAAAUACCAGUGACUGUAAAUAUAUUUCGUAAGAAAGUGCACAUUUGUAUACAAAUGUUUGAAAUGGUGAAAAUAUAUUUUAUAAGAUGC